UGUGAUUUUCUACUAUGUGCUCUUUGGCCAAUGAGAAGUAAAAGGUUCCUAAAAGGUAGAAAUAAAUAAAUACAAAAAAACAAAAACCUAUAAAAAGUACACACAAGAUCGUUUUUGCGAAGCGUAUUUUGUUUGUAGUAUUCGAAAAGGCCGCUUCAAACGGUUCUAUUGAAAAGUUUACAAAUGCUGGAAAGCGCUGUUGUUUACUGGGACAGGGAAAGUCAACAAGAACAAGGCGACGAGUAAGGAUCAAUAGAAUACCAUGGCACUACAAUUAAGACAAUUUUACUUUGAAAUUCCUCCGGUGACACGUUUCUAUACAACAGCGUGUGUUUGUACGACUUUGGCCGUGCAUCUAGAUUUGGUCUCACCGCUGCAGCUAUAUUUCAAUCCAAUUCUGAUUUUACGAAAGCUGCAAAUAUGGCGGUUGGCAACAACAUUUCUCUUCUUCGGUUCGGUGGGAAUUAGCUUUUUCUUCAACAUGGUCUUUACCUAUAGAUAUUGCCGAAUGUUAGAAGAGGGCUCAUUCCGCGGUCGGAGUUCUGAUUUUGUGAUGAUGUUCCUUUUUGGUGGUACACUAAUGGCAUUCUUUGGCCUAUUUGUGAAUUUGUUGUUUUUGGGCCAGGCAUUUACUUUAAUGUUGGUUUACGUAUGGUCUCGAAGAAAUCCCCUUGUCCGUAUGAAUUUCUUUGGCGUAAUGAACUUCCAGGCGCCUUAUUUACCAUGGGUUCUGUUAUGCUGCUCUAUGAUUUUGGGCAAUACUAUAUGGGUGGAUAUAAUUGGUAUGGGUGUUGGCCACAUAUACUACUUCCUGGAAGAUGUAUUUCCAUCCCAAAGAAACGGCUAUAGAUUCAUAAGAACACCAAAUUUUCUAAAAGUACUUUUUAAUGAACACAUCGACCGCAAUUAUCAGCCACUCCCAGAAGAUCGUCCUGGAGGCUUUAAUUGGGGCGGAGAAGAAGCCCAACAAGAAGGACCCGCGCAUAAUGGCGAGGUUGCACCACAAAAUGAAGCGGAAGAUAACGACCAAAGAGCAGCUAGGCCAGCUCAAAAUUAGAAAUAAAGGGCGAAAACAGAACCCGCCGUGUUUUUAGUGUACAAAAUUAAAUAAUCCAAAUUCUUAUAGAACUGUAUUUCCAAUUUCUAAAUCACAAGACAACUAAGGUCAAUGAAUGUCUUUGGAUUUAAAGAAAAGCAAUUUCUUUCACUCUUAAGUAUUUUUUUUUUGUGUUUUCUACUUUGUUGAUACGUGCUUAUUAUUAUUCAAACAACAACACAAAAAAACAAAGAUAAUUAAAGGGGAAUAGGACAAAUUAUUUACCAUAAUAUCUCUUGAGAUAUCUGCACAAAAAUAAAGACAUAAUUUUUUAAAGUA